AUGAAAAAAAUUAUUGCAUUCCAAAAGAAGAAGAAUUUAAUUACGGCCCGAUUGUUUCAAUUAUCGAGAAAAUAUUCAUUCAGUUUGAAUACAAGGGUUGAUUUGAAUUUAGGAAUGAAAGAAAUGUCAUUGAAGAAACAAUUUUUAACGUCGGAAGAGGCUAUUAAAAUUGAUCAACUGCUCAUGGAUAAGAAUGUACAUGGAUUUUCAAUUGAUCAGUUGAUGGAAAUGGCAGGAAUGUCUGUGGCUCAUGCAUGUUUUGAUUAUGCUCCUCCAAAUGACGCUUCCAACAAUUCUUGUUUGAUUGUAUGUGGUCCAGGAAACAAUGGAGGAGACGGUCUCGUGGCAGCACGACAUUUGAAACAUUUUGGAUACUCACCUGUAAUUUUGUAUCCCAAAGAAACAACCAAUGAGUUAUAUCUUCGAUUAUUAACACAAUGCAAACAAUUGGAAAUUCCAAUAUUUAAAUCCAUACAAGAAUUAUUAGAACACUACAGUCAUACUUUUGAAAAUUUCAAAUUCAUUCUUGAUGGAAUAUUCGGGUUUUCUUUUUCUGCCAAAAGUGGAAUUCGGGAACCUUACAAACAAAUUAUUGAAACGUUAAAUGAGAAAGCCAAACAGCAAAAGGUGCCAAUGAUUUGUAUUGAUAUUCCCUCAGGAUGGGAUGUCAACAAUUCCAAUGUUGAGGAAAAUCUACAGAAUGGAGGUCUCUAUUGUGACGUGUUAAUUUCACUGACUGCUCCGAAAUUGUGUGCUCAAUAUUUUAAGGGUGUUCAUUAUGUUGGUGGAAGAUUUAUUCCACCCUCUCUUCAAACAGAAUUGAAUUUGCAAUUGCCUCAAUACCAAGGUACAGAUAUUAUUGCAAAGAUUCACUAUUAA